AUGUGGAGCCUGAGAGCUGCCGUGCCGUCUCCUGUGGUCAGUCGCGGCCUUGGCCCGGCUUCAGCAGCACUGAUGGCAGCAGCGGACUUUGUGCUGCUGCCCAGCCGCUUUGAGCCCUGCGGAUUGACGGACGUGGAGUUUGCAUGGAAGGGCGCGCUGGGGUGCGGCUUUCAAGUGAUGUGGAGCCUGAGAGCUGCCGUGCCGUCUCCUGUGGUCAGUCGCGGCCUUGGCCCGGCUUCAGCAGCACUGAUGGCAGCAGCGGACUUUGUGCUGCUGCCCAGCCGCUUUGAGCCCUGCGGAUUGACGGACGUGGAGUUUGCAUGGAAGGGCGCGCUGGGGUGCGGCUUUCAAGUGGGCGGGCUGGGGCGGGCUGGGCAAGACCCCGGGGGUGGGCUGGGCAAGACCCCAGGGUUCUACCAACCGCUAGAGUCGUCGUGCCACGAGCACCAGCAGCAGCAGCUGCUCGCUGCGAUCAAUGCUGCUAUGGCCGCCCCCCCGCUGCUGCUCUCCCUCAUGCAGACCCAUGCCACGCAGCUGCGCUUCUCACCCCAGGUAGGUACUGCGGGGAAUGAGGGAGGGGUUGGGAGGAGGGAGGGGGGUGCACAGACAAGCUCAGACAGGCACACUACCCGCUCCUGCUCUCCCUCAUGCACGCCCAUGCCAUGCAGCUGCGCUUCUCGCCCCAGUACCUCCAGUGCUACAUGGAAGCCAUUCAAGCUUCUUCCUCCUCCUCCUGCUCCUCCUCCUCCUGCUCGCUGUCCCCCUCUCUCUCCUCCUCAAUCAGCUCGCUAUUCCAAGCCUGCUGCUGCCUACCAUCUCCCCCUUCAUCCUGCCUCCCACACCAUCGCUCUGGAAUUCCCAGGGGAGCGGGGAGACGGGUACGAGCCGUGGUGGGAAGGAGAGGAGGAGGGAGAGGGAGAGGAAGCGGAAGGAGAGGACGAUGAGGGAGAAGGGGAGGAGACUGAGGAGGACGAGGAGGAAGAGGAGGCAGACGAGUGUCACUACAAGGAGUGCACCUUUGAGGCAUUGCUUCGGGAGGAUGGGUGUGAAGGGAGUUUCUAUGAGGAGAGCAGGGGUCACAGUCACGCGAUGAAAAACACGGCUGAAGAUUCCACAGGUGCUGGUUUUCCUGGCUGUAGCAGCACGGGCGAGGGCUUUGAGGCGUCUCAAAUGCCUGGCUGCACGGGAUCUGUGCUUGAUGCUGUUUUUGCUGGAGGGGUCGUUGAAGGGAUAGAGGAAGAAGAGGCUUUUCUCAGUUGUCAUAAUGGUGCCGCUGAUGGGGCUGCUGUUGGUGCCUUUGGCUCUGGUACCAACACGUACCCACUCACCAUCUCGUCUCCUGAUUCCCUCUCCUCCGUUCUCUCUUCCGCUCUCUCCUCCCCGCUCUCCUCCACUCUCUCCUCCCCUCUCGCCUCCUCGCCUUACCUCUCUCCCUCAUACCCUCUCCCGUCUCCCUCCCUCCUCCUCUCCCUCUUCUCCUCUGUAUUCUCAUUCUCCUCUCUCCUGUGGUCCCAUUUCGCCCUCCACCACCCUCCCCUCACUCUCAUGCGGGUAGCCAUGGCUGGCACAUGUGCCGCUAUGCUCCUCCAUUCCUCCAUCGCCCUCCCUCACUUCCCUUUCCUAAGCACGUUCAACCUCAGCAGCAGCGGUAGCAACAGCAGCAGCAGCAGCAGCAGCAGCAGCAGCAGUAAUGUGUUGCUGCGACUGGCACUAGUCUCUCUCCCUCUCGCUUUCUUCUCAGCCUGCUCCGGCCCUGUACUUAAUGGCCUCAAUUUCCUGGGGGACUCCAUAGGGAACGUACCUGUGGCAGAGAGGAUUGGAGUGGUGGAGGCGUUGCGCUCGCUGCUGCUGCUGGCAGUGCUGGUGGGAGGGGUGCUGGCGAUGGGGGAGAGAGGGGGGAUUGUGGGAGAUGUUGGGGGUGGUGGGGGUGGUGGGAGCGGUGGGAGUGUGGAGGGUGUGUGGGGGAGAGAAGGGUAUACUGCAUGGAUGGAGGAGCAACAAGCAGGCCCUUUUCCCUUAUCCGUUUCAACCGUCACCCUCCUCCCGUCUCUCCUCCUCUUCUUCCUCCUCCUCCUCCUCCUCUUCCUCCUCCGUCCCUCCACUCGCCUCUACACCCGCCGCCUCCUCCCCUCGCGCCACCAGCUCUGCCUAAUGCUGCUGCACCGCUCUACACCCAUCCUCGCCCUUCUCUCAUCCUGCACACUCCUCAUAUCCUCAGCCAUCUCCCUGUGGCUGCUCAACCGUGCGCUAGACACCUGGGACCUCUCCUCCUUCCAGCUAUCUCCCUCCUCAGCUGUGCUCUAG